AUGAACGAUACUGAGUCGAGAACUAACAUUAAUAAAAGACGUCGUGUGUAUCAGACAAAUGAUGGUAAUAAUAACAAGGUGAAUAUCAUGAAGAGACUAGCUAAACUUAGGGAUAACAAGAGGAAAGUGAAGAAGUUAAAGGCUGCUGACACCGACAUCAGUUCCGAUGAAUUUGAUUCCAUGUCUGACGAUAGAAAUAGCAAGUGUACUCCUGGAUACUCUUUAGCAGAUUUAAACUGUCCCUUACUACAGGAUGAAGGGAAGAGUCGGAAGAAGAAAUCUUCUGAUAUUAUCGAACAAGGACCUGAGAUAGAAGAAGUUCAACUACAACAAAAAUUGCACGAUGAUGUCAUCGAGGCCACCUCUCAGCAGUCAUCAUUAUUAAAAAAAUUGAGCACUGAAGAGCAUCUAGAUCACAUCUGGACUGGAGACUUUGAGAAAAGAAUACCAACUAAUGCAAAGACAGAGUUAACUGCCGAUGAGGUAGAAGAAACUAAGGCAUAUUUUAUGAAGAAGUAUCAGUUACCCAAUGUACUAUAUUUCGACGAAUUACUAGCGAAAGUCAAACCAAAAUUCAAUAUUGUUGAUAAGAUCUUAAAAGGUAAAAUGGCAUCACCGUACUAUAUUGAGGCAAAACAUUUGCACAAGAACUCAAAGAAAGCAUUACUCUCCACCGACGAGUUCAGGCAUAUGGACAUGACGAAAUUUCAAGCCGGGUUCUACGGCUUGAAAAGGCAGUUGAGACUAGGACAAGAGAUAUACAACAAAUUCAGGGUCAUGUUACUUUCCAAUAAGUCACCGACACUGAAAUGGUGGGGCGCAUUGGAUUUUGCCCAGUUUGUUCUUGCGCCAGAACUGCUAUUACACUUAUGUAUCGAAGAGAUGAAUCUACAAAAGAAGGCAGAAACCACAGAGGAAGGACAUUCUGACGAGGAACUGGACGCUAGAGAAUUGGCAUACGACCUCUUCAAAAGCACCAUUGUAUUCGGCACUAGCGUCGCUGAUGCAUACCCACUAGAAGAAUGGGAGUCUCAUAUUCGGACGUGA